AUGGGAAAAAGGCUCGCAUCUGGUGCACCUGCGGGGGCAUCUGGAGGCACUGGGGGGAAGAAGAAAAAACGCCGGAAGCCCAAAGCAAAGGUACCGGUUGUGGGAACACUGAAAGACCUGAGAGAUGCCCUCCCAUCGCUGGAGAGUCUUAUAAAGUUCCGCAGCAGUGUGGGAGAGCUCAAAACGGGCAUUCCGGAGUAUGACAACAAGAGUGAGCCAUCAAAGAGAUUCCAGAAGCUCUCGAGGAAGGCACAGAAGACAAAAAGAGCUGCUAAAGUGAAUUCUGAGCACGUAGCGAGGAUGAAUCAACUUCAAACACUAAUGCAGGAUAAGAUGUUCAAGCAAAAUCCACGGCAGGUGAUUGCUGAGCACAUCCGGAAUACGAGGAAAAUGGAGGAUGACAGUCCGUGGGAUUAUGAGGAGUUUUUGGGUCAGAAUGUGCCCCAAAAAUAA